AGCUUUUCAGACCUGCUAUGGAACGAGUCCUAAAACGCGAUUUCCUAUACCUUACGCCGGUAUAGGUUAGAAGGUCAUAUUUGUUUUUAAUUCCCUGAUAAUACCAAUUGUUUAAUGGAAAUACAAGUGUGAGAGCAAAAUUGGUUACUAUUAUUUAUAUAAAAUGAAUCCACUUUAUCCAAAAGAUAUUGCAUAAUUAUUAAGAAAAUUAGCAAUAAAAUUUUAAUUUGUUAAUAACUUCUUGUAAAUAUUUCCUACAAAGGCAGCAACUUUUUUUUGAAGAGAGCAUCUUGAGAGCAAUUGUUUAAGAUUUUCAAUUGAUCGAUUAUUUAAUUGAUGUACGCCUUUCUAUCAUAAGUAAUAAAAAAAUUGGGUGGAGGUAUCAAGGAAGUUAUCUGUUUCUGUUUAUGUACAGAAUACGUCGUAAAUCAUCUACUCCCCCUUAAUAAUCAUUUGCUAUUUAUUUACGAGAAUUGAAAAUUUAAUUUGAAUGUCUAGUUAACUUUUAUAAAUCAAAAUCUUAAUUGUCAUAGAAAUUAAAGUGCAAUUACGUAGAACCGAGCGGUUAUUUUGUGUUGUGUAAAUGAAAGGUUACGUUUGACAAAACAAAUAUAUAAAAUUAAAGUUAAAGUGAAUUUUAGCAUCAUAAAUUUAUAUUUAGACAAACAAAUAAAUUAAUCACUUCUAUCGAUUAUAAAUAUUGAUUCGGAAAGACAAAAAUUGAAAAAAAAAGCAAUGGCACCAGAACCAACGCAAGAACCUGUAGAUAAGUUAGACACUUCAAAUUUAAAUGUUAAUGUGAUUACUACACAAGAAUCUGAUAGUGAAGAUGAAGAUGUUGGUAUGUCAGGAUAUAUGCCACUUUCUCAAGUUCCAAUUGAAGGAGAACCUCUAGAAGAUGAUGAUGACGAUGAAGAAGAAUUUGAAUGGAAUUCAGCACCUACAGAAGAUCAACAAACAGAAUUAGAAUCAAAUCAUGUAGCAGAUUCAUCUGUUCCUCCAGAAACUCUAGAAGUUUGGUCAUCACCAUGCAAUCCUUCAAAUAUAGAGUUAACUUCAGAUAAAAUUAAUGAAGUAAAGUCAGCGAUGGCAUCAUUUACAUUACCUAGCACAGCAAUACCAGAAUGGGCAAACUCUAUAUCAGAAGAUCAAUGGAAAGAGCAGCUUAUUCAUCGUAUAAAAGAGAUACAAAAGGAUAAAAAUUAAAA